AUGGCUGCGAAUUACAGCUAUGAUAAACUUGCGACCAACCAAGAAUCGCAAGACAUUUCCGAGGUCAUGCUACGCCCGCUUUCGUUUCCGACACAUACCAGCUACAGCUCGGUGGAUCAGCGUAAUGUCACCGAUUUCGCAAGCGUGAAGAGUUUCAGUACAUUCAGCUCUUCAACGGGCUCAAGUAGCAUCGGAAAACUAAAAAGCCUGGGAAAUCGCAUUCGUCGAAAGCCAUUGCCUCGGUACUUGAAUGGAUCUAUCAGGAGACACCCGGCCGCUGAAAUUGAACCGACUCGAGUUGGACGCGGAGUAUGGAAAGAUCAGUUGCUGGUGGACAGGUCGUUACGGACCAUGGCCGCGACGAUGACGGCAUUCGCCAUUGCGAUGAUUAUUCUCAUUGCGACCUACGCCACGCAUUUUAAUGGUCGACCAAAUCCAAACACAACCUCCGUAGGCGGAGACAACACGAGGUCUUGCAAGGACGUGACUAAGACGAACACGGCACUCCUCCUUCUUAUCAAUGUUUGUGCGACCAUGGUUCUCGGUAUGAGCAACACGUAUCAGCAGCUUGUCACCUCUCUGAAGAUUAGUGAUCUAAAGUUUGUGCUGUCAAAAUUUGGAGAUUCUAGAGUUGGGACGAACUCACCUUUCAGUAUCAACCACAAACAGAGCGGCAAGAAACGGGCGUGGUGCGCAUGGCUGCUCCUCAUCCUGACAUCGAUGCCAGUACACUUCCUUGCAAACUCAUUAAUCGGCCCCUCAUUCAUACAGCAGUUGCCAGAUGUUAUAGAAUUCAAGGAAGUGGCCAACGCUACGUCCCAGAAGCUGGUUGCGUCCUUCUUGGGGAAUGAGGAGCGUAUACGCGAUGAGAUGUCCUUUCCAUGCUGGUCUGCCUUCCGCACUGGCACUCCACACUACCCAAAAUCUACCGAUAUUUUCAACAGCAACGGUGGCAUCUUCGGCUCAUCUCAGAAUCAAUUCGGCACUACCUGGAAAAGAAUGCAGAUUCACUAUGCUAGUGGCAAUUGCUCCCAACAUGCUCGAACGGCGACCGAUGUUCCUGCUCUAGAGGGCAAAGUGGUUCGUAGUCGUUACUAUACCACACAAUAUGCAGAAGGCAACUGCUUCAUGGGAGAUAGCAUUUACUGCACCCUUCACGACCCACAGCCUGCCGAAUGCCGCCUCAAUGUCCGUAUGAGUGCAGCUUUCAUUCUCGUCUCGUGUCUGGUAAUCAAGGCAGCGUAUAUGUGCGCUGUCAACUUGCUCGCUCGAGGCAAGCUGAAAACGCAUUGCUUAACUUUCGGCGAUGUCAUCGUAGCCUCCGCUUCACACACCGAACUUAGGGUACAAGGGUACGAGAUGCUUUAG